AUGAAGGCUGAAGGACAGCGAAAUGCUUAUGAGAAAGCCCUGUUCAAUACACAGGAGCAGCGCCACAAGCUAAGGGAGCGCAGGGUCAAGUCUAUUACCGACUACACCAGGGACGAAUAUGUUAGUAUGUUCGAGAACCCUUAUGAGACGGUGGCAGUGCGACAGCGCCCUUGGCAGCUGUUUCUACGACCUACAAUUGCACCUGGAUGGGAGGGUCAUAAGCGGUAUGAUCAGGGACGGGAGUGGGAUGCUAAGUUCGAGGAGGAGCGUCUCGAGGCUGAGAGGGAGGCAGCUCGUAACGAGGCGAGUGGCUCGAGAUACUCUUUCCGCCGCCGCUAG